UGAGGCUAAUUAUCCCACACAAACAUCCAACAUUACUCUGAAAUGUAAUGCUCAUUGUAAGUGUGCUUCAGACUGCAGCAUUAUAGCCAAGCCAUUAUUGACUUGCUUUCCUUUGAAUUUCUAAUAGGCUAAUAUUACUUGUGUGGUAAGGAAGGCAUUUCCUAAGCCCGACCUUCAGUGGUACAUGGAUGGAGAGAUAUUGAAGGACAAAUCUGGAGGAAUAUCCAUACAAAAAGAAGAUGCAAAGUUUGAGGGAGGUUUUUAUGAGAGGAGAUCACUGUUGACAAUACGAAGUACAACUUGGCCAUCCAUUUAUCAGGCUUUCAAAUGCAUGUCUGUAUAUCCUUUCCCUGGAAAUGACAUUUCAUCUGAAGAAAUAGUUCUCCCUUAUGGGUUUCACACUACAUCUUUGCCACUCUCAGAAUCUGUUACUCAAGUUACUCCAGUCUCGGAUUCCCCCACACAAAAACCUGGGCUUUCGACUAAAAACCUGCAAGAUAACACCAUUACUAAGAUCUCCAGUUACUCCGCAGUGCCGCAAAGGAAUCUAUCCACCAGCAGAGAGACAGAAGUACCCACACCGACUACACUUGAUCAUUCAUCCACUGGGAAGGACUGGUUUAAUAAUAUAGGUGAUCUAUCCACCAGAAGAGUGACUGAAGAAACCCCACAGACUAGCCAUGAUAACUCAUCCACAAUAAAGGACCAGUUUAAAAGCACAGGUACUGCAACUCAUCCAGGAAAGACUUCCUUCCCCUGGCCAGCAGUUGUAGCUGUUCUGCUUCUCUUGUGCACAUGCUUAUUCAUUUUGGGAGUCAGAAAAUGGUGUCAGUAUCAAAGAGAAAUUCUGAACAGACCGCCUUCUUUCAAGCCACCUCCCCCUCCAGUUAAAUACACAUCUAUGCAAGAAUUAGAAGGAACGUACUCAUCGUGCAAUGAACAGGAGAAUGGGCCUGAAACCUUCCGAGAUAAUACGAGCCUUUAUCGUAUGAACCUUACAGGAAUACAGUGGCAGUGAGCCACAUGGAAAUUUAGACUGCUUAAACCUGCACAGAUGCGAAGAGCGCAAUAUUCCUCAGUACACUUAUCCAGCUUAUAAAGAAGCUGGACACCCUGCAAGCAAAGCAGAGUGCUGCAAAGACCCCAACCAUUACCCAUCUUAGUUUCCCAGAGGCAACUGUACAUAUAAAUGAGCAUAUACACAUUGUGUCAUGGCUCUGUUGCAGGGAGUAGUGUCAAUAAGGGCUAAGCAUAUCAUCCAACCAUAUCUGCACUCCUUAAAUAUGUAGCAAUGCCCCUGCCCUCUAGCACAGCAUUACAUACAAA